CAGUGACGCCAUCAUCCCGCGACGGUUCAGGCGGAUGCUGGGCUGAAGGGCGCGUGAGCGGAGCUUCUCAAUGUCCUGAGGCGCAGGUUGAUGUUCUCAGUGUGAGAUGUCGGUGGCGUCUCUGUGUCGUGCUCUUGGAGCAUUCUCUCUCAGCUCCAGGGUUCUCUCAGCACCGGUUAGUACUGCUGUUUGCGCCCCCCCUGCUGUGAGAUGUGUGGUGGGUGUGGUCACCCUGCUGAGGCCGCCCCCUGUUCGCUUCUUCACCACCAGCAUGCCCCGCCCACAGAAUAGGACUUUCUGGAAACAGACGGAUAAAUACACCGUCCGGCCAAUCGGCAUGAAGAAGACCGGAGGGAGGGACCACACGGGGAGGAUCCGGAGGCGGGGCAUCGGAGGCGGGCACAAGCAGAGGUACAGGAUGAUCGACUUCCAGCGGCUUCGCUUCGAACCGGGAAAGGAGAAGAACACACAGAUCGAGGAGAGAGUGAUAGAAGUGCGCUACGACCCCUGCAGGUCAGGUGACAUCGCUCUGGUUGCCGGGGGUAACCGUAAACGUUGGAUCAUCGCCACUGAGAACAUGCGGGCUGGAGAUCUGAUUAAAAGCUCGUCUGUGAUUGGUCGGAUGGCCGUGUUAGCCAACGAGGGUGACGCCCACCCACUGGGGGCACUUCCUGUAGGAACUCUCAUCAACAACCUGGAGCUCCAGCCGGGGAAAGGAGCACAGUACAUCCGCGCGGCAGGGACAUGUGGUGUUCUCCUGCGUAAAGUAAAUGGAACUGCAAUCGUUCAGUUGCCUUCAAAACAGCAGAUCCAGGUGUGUGAGACGUGUGUGGCAACAGUGGGCCGAGUGUCAAACGUAGACCACAAUAAGCGUGUGAUCGGGAAGGCGGGCAGAAACCGCUGGCUGGGGAUCAGACCGUCUAGUGGCCUGUGGAAGAGGAAGGGCGGAUGGGCGGGGCGUAAGAUCAGGCCCCUCCCCCCACUGAAGAGUUACGUCAACCUGCCCUCUGUCUCUGUACAGCACUGAUACACACCUGUGUGUGUGUGUGUGUGUGUGUGUGUGUGUGUGUGUGUG